UUGAUAAAAGAGACUGUGUGCUUGUGAUAAAAAUUAGUUCUUCUACAAACUCCGGUCCCAAAAUUCUUGGUGGGGCAUCCCGGAAAGAAAAAAAUACCAGAAGCAUGAGUUCGUUCGCAUUGCAUUUUUUUUUUUAGCUGAGUUUAAUCCGCAAAUUAAACAGUGCUUCAGAAUGGCUUCUGGUUCAGACACUGCAGAGAAUUCAGUUAAAAUUGUGUCCCUUGUUGGAAAAGAGGGUAACAAACAGGAAGCUCUUCAAAUUUUCAGAUUCCAAAAGGAGGAACUUAUAUUAGAAAAAGAUAAUCUACAGUUACUGAAACACGAUGAGAUCAAAGACUGCAAAGUUUGCAUCAUCUCAGUGAAUGGAAGCUUCAGAACAGGAAAAUCUUUUCUUCUCAGUAUCUUUGCGCAUUGCCUUAGACAGAAGUGCCAGAGUGUACAGCAAGAAUGGAUGAAAACUGGUGACAUACUGACUCGUGAAUUUUUAUGGAAAAAAACUGAGCAGAGAGUGACAGAUGGUAUACUUAUAUUUCCGGAAAUUUUUUUAACAAAAACAAAAGAUGGCGAAAAAAUUGCUAUAAUAUUGAUGGACACUCAAGGAACGUCUGACCACAGAAUCUCUGACACUGUCUGCACUAAAAUUUUUGCUCUCAGUGCAUUAAUUAGCUCAGUUCAAAUUUACAACGUUCAAAAGAGACUCAAUUUAGAUGACCUGAAGAUUUUACAAUUAUUUACGGGAUAUGGGGCGAUGUUUUCUAACCCUGACAUUGACAACUCAGACAAUAAACCUUUUCAAGAUUUGUUAAUCUUGAUAAGAGAUUGGAUAAAUUUUGAAGAAUUCGAUUUCGGUUUCGACGGCGGCAACAAAUUAUUGGAGUCUAAAUUCGAAGAACAUAAACAAUCCAAUCUAAGCGAAAUACAACAGACUAUUGAAGACAAUUUCGAGAAAGUUCGGUGCUUUCUGAUGCCACAUCCUGGAGAGAAAGUCGAGGAGAAGAAAUUUGAGGGCCAUUUUGAGGACAUUGGAGAAAAAUUUCGUGUUUAUGUGAAAACCUUUGUUGAUAAUCUUUUGACACCAGAGAAUUUGGUGGCAAAAAAGAUCAACCAUGAAUUCGUCACGGUGGAGAAUUUACUUGCAUUUAUUAAUACUUAUUGGAAACACAUUAAUCGGGCAAGGAACUUCAGUAUUAAAACAAUUUACAUGGCAAAUGCUGAGAUUUCGCUUCAACAACGAAUGGAACAAAUGGUAGAACAAUACAAGGCGAAUUUACGGUGUUGCGAAAUUCAAGAGGACGCCACUGUUGAGAAAAGCAAAAUUUUGGACUCAUUUAAAAAGACAAGAGAGAUGAAGUUGGGCACAGAUGAGCUGCGAAAGAGAUUCGAACAAAGAUUGACAAAGUUGCUUGAUGAGGUGUACAACAAUUUUCUCACGCUUUUAAACAAUUUUGAUGAACUAAAAACUGAGUACACUGAGUUUGUAAAGCAAUGGAGACAAUCAAGUGAAGCUGAGAAGCAGCUGUUGACGAUUUUGACGAAAUUUGAAAAGCUAACUAAAAACUUGAAUUGCGAGCAAGUACUGCGAUACAAAUUUGGGCAGCGUUUAAAGGAAGCAUGUGAGGAGAUAUACGAAAAUAAUAUAUUCGAAAUUAAAGAGAAGGAAUUCAUGGACCAUAGCAAAUAUAGUAGUGGCGGUGGUGGAGGCGUUUUUGGAGUUAUCGGGGAAAUUGGCGGUUUAGUAAAAGGUGUUUUCUUAUUCUGUUGUAGCUGCACAUUCAAUCGGAAUCCUUUUCAUACACACAUAGAAUAG